CCGGGGCCGCCCCGCUGCGCGUGCUUCCGCGUGCAUGGCCUCGCUGGGGACCCUGCGAGUCAGCGCGCGGCAGAGCUCGCGGCAGGUGGCGCGCGCCUUCGCCGGCUUCCCGCUGCCUCGGCCCCAGGCGGCCUGCGCAGUCGCUCGCGCAAUGGCGACAAGGCAGGAGUCGCAGCCCCACGGCCCCCCGCCCCCCGCCGGCGCCGUGGCCUACGACUACUUGGUGAUCGGUGGAGGCUCCGGGGGGCUGGCUAGCGCGCGCAGGGCGGCCGAGCUGGGCGCCAGGGUCGCGGUGGUGGAGAGCCACAAGCUGGGCGGCACUUGCGUUAAUGUCGGAUGUGUACCCAAAAAGGUGAUGUGGAACACAGCCAUGCACUCGGAAUUCAUGCAUGAUCAUGCUGAUUAUGGCUUUCAGAGUUGUGACAGUAAAUUCAGUUGGCGGGUCAUAAAGGAGAAGCGGGACGCCUAUGUGAGCCGCCUGAACUCCAUUUAUGAAAAGAACCUAACCAAGGUCAAUAUAGAAAUCAUCCCUGGCUAUGCAGCCUUCACAGGCGACCCCAAGCCCACUGUGGAGGUCACUGGGAAAAAAUACACGGCUCCUCACAUCCUGAUCGCAACAGGUGGCUCACCCUCGCAGCCGCAGGAGAGCGAGAUCCCAGGCGCCAGCCUGGGAAUAACCAGUGAUGGAUUUUUUCAGCUGGAAGAAUUGCCUCGCCGCAGUGUCAUCGUCGGCGCGGGGUACAUCGCCGUGGAGAUCGCCGGGAUCCUCUCUGCCCUGGGCUCUAGGACGUCCCUCAUGAUACGGCAUGACAAGGUGCUUAGAACUUUUGAUUCGAUGAUCAGUUCCAACUGCACUGAAGAGCUGAACAAUGCUGGCGUUGAGGUGCUGAAGCACUCUCAGGUCAAGGAAGUUAAAAAGACUUCCUCAGGCUUGGAGGUCUGCGUGGUUACCUCAGUUCCUGGUAGGAAACCCACCUUCACCACCAUUCAAGAUGUUGACUGCCUGCUCUGGGCCAUUGGGCGGGACCCGAAUUCUGGGGGCCUGAAUUUAAACAAAGUGGGGAUUCAGACUGAUGGCCAAGGUCACAUCAUUGUAGACGAAUUCCAGAAUACUAACGUAAAAGGCAUCUACGCAGUUGGGGAUGUAUGUGGAAAAGCUCUUCUCACUCCAGUUGCCAUAGCUGCUGGCCGAAAACUUGCCCAUAGACUUUUUGAAUGCAAAGAAGAUUCCAAAUUAGACUAUGACAAUAUCCCCACGGUGGUCUUCAGCCACCCCCCUAUUGGCACAGUGGGACUCACAGAAGAUGAGGCCAUGCAUAAAUAUGGAAAAGAAAACGUGAAGAUCUAUUCCACCACCUUUACCCCAAUGUAUCAUGCAGUUACCACAAGGAAAACAAACUGUGUGAUGAAAAUGGUUUGCGCUAACAAAGAGGAAAAGGUGGUUGGGAUCCACAUGCAGGGAAUCGGGUGUGACGAGAUGCUGCAGGGCUUUGCCGUCGCGGUGAAAAUGGGAGCCACAAAGGCCGACUUCGACAACACGGUCGCCAUUCACCCUACCUCUUCGGAAGAACUGGUCACACUUCGCUGAGAACUCAGGGACUCCUGCGGCUAGCAGCUGGACCAGCAGACCUUCUGAAAUGAACCAAAUAAUCACAUUUCCUUAAACCGUUUCCAUUUAAUGUAUUUCUUUACUGUAAUCAGGAUCUUCCAAUGGUGGAAAUUUUCAGUAAGUAACAGAAUUUGUUUAUGUAAUUGGAAAUUUGUGUUGUUAUCCAGGAUCGAUUGUCAGUUGAUCGCUUCUCACAAUAAUUAAUACUUUGACUUUUUUUGCUAACAGCUCUGUGUUAGCUGGUUGUUUUGUUUCUGUUUCAGCCCCAUCCCAAGGGCAGAAGUACAUGAACUACAAUUAAGUGAAUGCACUUGAAGGAAUGUAGCCACUGUGCAUAGAGGAGGGUGAGCAGCAGCUGCUCACGUUCCCGCGGUGCAAGUGCACAGAACCUUUCGUUGUUUUUGAAGCCAGUACUGUGCCCUGCGUGUUCCAAAGCUGCUGCAAGCGUGCGGCCCUUCUCCACAGACAACACCAGAGGCCUUUCCUCCCUUAUUUUAUUCUCUUUUAAAUGAUUAAAGACUAUUGGUUGCUUUUAUGACAUGAAGUACACCAAACUUGGGAAAGGUUUGAGGAGGCUGGUCACCUGAGUGAGGGACAUUUUAGAGGUGAUUUAAGGACAAGGCCUUACAUUUCAAAAGUCCCUUCCUCUCCUAAUUCUAGUUCAGUGGAAGAUUUCAGUUUUUGUAUGUGUUCUUGUCUUCUUUUUUUCUGAAAACACUUUUCAAAACUUGAAAAUAAAAUCACAUACUUUUAUCACAUA